UCUCUUGUCCAGAGGGAGAAAGGCGACUCUGUGUUGCGUUGCGUGAGAGAGGAAGAACCUUCUGCGCGUAACUUUCCAUUAAUAACAUAUUGAAAACAAACAAAAGAGAAGAAGACGAUGAAGCCUUCGGAGGUUUCUUGAGAAUAUUAAAAUUGUUUAAUUUUUAAUCCUUUUGAUCUCUAUCGAGUUUGACACUCGUCUCUUCACGCAAUCGCGUUCGUUUCCUCGUAUCGCGUCUGCUUUUUGCGUCUAGGAUUUGCUUAGAGUUCGUUCCUUUUGAUAAAAAAAAAAGUUUGUUCUGGGUACUUAGGAAAGUAUAUAUUAGUACUAGAUUUGGCUUAAAGUUGGAGACUUUGAGGAUAUCUCGUGGUGGGUUCCUUGGAAAGUACAAUCGAUUGUGGUCGUUGAUGAAUCUGUGUGUUGGUCAAGGGUCGAAGAUAUAGAAAGCAUUAGUCUUUAAUUCGAAUUGGUUUGGCUCCCAUCUCUGUUUCCUAAUUGAUUAGGUGAGUCACCUUCCCUACGAUGAGUGCAAGCUUCACUGAUGAUGAAGGCAAGCUUACUCUCUGCGUGGCUGAGAACGGCCACUCAUUUGCAUUUGAAUGCAGCGAGACAACUUCAGUUGAAUCCGUGAUGCGUUUCGUUGAGUCUGUCUCCGGCAUUAGCUUCUCCGACCAGCUCCUCCUCUCGCUGGACAUGAGACUCGAGCCACAGAAGCUGCUUUCUUCCUUCGGGCUUCCCGCAGGUGAUAGAGAAGUCUUUGUUUUCAACAAAGCUAUGCUGCAAAGCAACUCUCAUCCGCCAUCACCGGAAGAUGUGGAUUUAGAGGAGGUAGUUGAUGCUUUACCACCUGCGGCUUCUUUACAUGAACAUCACCCCUUGGACGAUGCGUCAGAUCCAGCUUUAAAGGCCUUACCUUCGUACGAGAGGCAGUUCAGAUACCAUUUCCUUAGAGGCCGCGCUAUCUACAACUGCACGGUCCUGAAGCAUGAGAACUGCGAGAGGUUUGCAAGAGAGCAGAAGGUGCAGCAGCGUGCUGUGGAAGUUGCAACCGCGAACCUGGAGCAGUACUACAGGGUGAUCUACCAGAACUACCUCGAGUUUAUGAAGCGUUACAAGCAUCAGCACCGUCUCCACUCCGAUCUGCUGAUGAAUUUCGGAAGGGAUGUUGAGAAGCUGAGGUCGGUUAAGGUUCACCCUUACCUGCAAACCGAUUCGAGGAAAUGCUUGCUGGAUUUUGUCAAGGAAGAUAAGUUAUCACAGGCUGUGGAGAGUUGUGGGAGCUCUCACAGGCAGUUUGAGAAUAAGAUUGCGCAGUUCCAGCAGAUGUUUGUGGAGGUCAAGCGCAAGGUGGAGGAGUUGUUUGCUUGCAGGGCUUCCUUAUCGAUGGAGAACUUGGAAGUGACUGUUAAGGAGCACCAACACUUCAUUAAUGAGCAAAAUAGCAUAAUGCAAUCUCUCAGCAAAGAUGUCAAUACGGUUAAGAAGCUUGUGGAUGAUUGUAUGUCAAGCCAAUUUUCCUCAUCCCUCCGACCUCAUGACGCUGUUUCAGCCCUGGGUCCUAUGUACGAAGUGCAUGACAGGAGCCACCUUCCCCAGAUGCAGGCUUGCUAUGACUCCAUCUCAGAACUCCUGGAAUUUUGCAAAAACAAGAAGAAUGAGAUGAACAACUUUGUACAUACUUACAUGCAAAAGAUAACAUUCGUCACAUACAUCAUCAAAGACGCUAAGUUACAGUUUCCCGUCUUUAGAGAGGCGAUGGUGCGUCAGGACGACUUAUUCGCGGACCUGAAGUUAGUCCGCGGUGUUGGCCCCGCUUACAGGGCCUGCCUCGCGGAGGCGGUGAGAAGAAAAGCCUCUAUGAAGCUUUACAUGGGCAUGGCUGGGCAGUUGGCGGAGAAGCUUGCUAUGAAGAGGGAGGCAGAGGUCAGGAGGCGUGAGGAGUUUCUUAAAACGCAUGGUCCCUUUGUACCUCGUGAUGUGUUGGCCUCAAUGGGUUUAUAUGAUACUCCCACUCAGUGUGAUGUCAAUGUCUCUCCUUAUGAUACUAGUUUGAUCAAUAUUGAAAUGGCAGACGUUGAUAGAUAUGCUCCUGAGUAUCUUGUUGGGUUACAGUCAAAGAUUGCAUCCUCAAGUAGUUCUGCUGAGGCUGAGGAGAUAGGUGUAGACACUAACAAAGAUAGUUUUGAUGAUAUCUUAGAGGCGUCAGAGUUAGUGGAGAUAGCUGGAACCAGCAAGAUGGAAGUUGAGAACGCAAAACUAAAAGCUGAACUUGCUUCUGCUAUCUCUCGGAUUUGUUCAUUAGGUCCCCGAGUUGAAUACGAGGAGAUAGAUGAAAGUGAAAUAGAAAAUUUAUUGAAAAACGCAGCGCAGAAAACAGAAGAGGCUCUCCAGGCGAAAGAUGAGUAUGGGAAACAUCUCCUAUCUAUGCUCAAGGAGAAACAAAGACAUUGUGAUUCGUAUGAGAAGCGCAUCCGCGAACUGGAACAGCGUCUCAGCGAUGAGUGUUCACAGGGACAGAGACGUGUUAAUAACAAGGAUGUGUCUGGUGGCUUAAACCUUCUGCACGAAAAAGCUUCAGGUGGUUUGGAAGGCAGCAAAGGUCAUGUGUCCGGUUCUGAGCCCAUGGAUGAGGUCUCAUGUGUUUCAAACCAUUCUAUCAAGCAGCCGUGUAAAGCUAGGGAAGGUAUGGAUGAGAGUAUGGUGGAUUCCUCCUCUCUGGUGCUAAGCCAUCCUCUUGAUUCAUCGAUGCUGGAAAGCCAGCAAAACAAUGAGAAGGGUGGAAAGGAUAAUUUGGUGGGGGGAAUGGGUGUGUUUCUAAGUAACAGUUCAACAGCCGAGAGCCCAACUAAAUCUUUAGAUACCAAACACAGUGAUGAUAUUAUUUUGGAGCUUAGAAAUGAGCUGAUGGAGAAGUCCAGUAAACUGAAUGAGACUGAGUCCAAGCUAAAUGGUGCUGUGGAAGAGGUAGCCAGUCUGAGCAGAGAGUUGGAAAUGAAUCAGAAACUUCUUGAAGAAUCCCAGAUGAAUUGUGCGCAUUUGGAGAACUGCUUACAUGAAGCAAGAGAAGAAGCUCAGACACAUCUUUGUGCUGCUGAUCGUAGAGCGUCUGAGUAUACUGCGCUUCGUGCCUCAUCUGUGAAGAUGCGAGGUCUCUUUGAAAGAUUCCGGAGCUCUGUCUGUGCUGGUGGUGGGGUUGCUGGCUUUGCCGAGUCUUUGCGUACUUUGGCUCAAGCUUUAGACAACUCUAUUAAUGACAAUGAAGAUGAUGGUACUGUUGAGUUCCGGAAAUGCAUCCGAGUCCUCUCAGACAAAGUUAGCUUCAUUUCCAAACACCGGGAGGAGUUACUUGAAAAGUGCCGAAAUCUUGAUGCUACAAUUGAACAGACAAGAAAGGAGUUGGUGGAGAAGAAAGAGCUGGUGAAAACAUUGUACACUAAGCACCAACUUGGGAAGCAGGCAAAUAAAGAAAAGAUAUCAUUCGGUCGUCUUGAAGUCCAUGAGAUAGCAGCAUUUGUGCUAAAUCAAGCAGGACAUUACGAGGCGAUCAACAGGAACUGCCCAAACUACUACUUGUCCUCUGAAUCCGAGGCAUUGUUCACAGAACGCCUCCCAAACCGGCCUACAUACAUUGUUGGACAGAUUGUCCACAUCGAGCGUCAAGCAGUGAAGCAGCCAAAUUUGGCAUCAAGUUCAAUGUCAACAUCGUCUUCAGGAACAACAACAACAACAACAACAAACCCUUAUGGUCUUUCUUCAGGAUGUGAAUACUUCAUAGUGACAAUAGCAAUGCUGCCUGACACUUCUAUUCAUCAACAAGCUUCCUGAUCCUUUUGCUUGUUCUCAAGGCAGAUAGAUGUGAUGGAAGGAACCCCCUCUCCCCUUCCUAAAAAGAAGAUGUAAAUACUUUUUAUUCAAAUAACAAUCAAUAACCGGACAGCCCUUGUUUGUUUUGUGGGUGUUGGUUUUCAUUUCAACUUUUUAACUUUUUUAUUUAUUUCAUAUCUUUCUUCUUCCUGUAAAGCUGAUGAUCACUGAUCUUAGAUUCUUAGUUUAAUCUCUUAUCCUCA